AAACAAAGCGAUCGGUGAGAGCCGUUCGCCGCGCUAAGCAAAAUAUCUUGCGCAUUAAUUUUUGAAGGGGUUAUAGGCUGGCCAAGUGUUGACGCUGCUUACUUUUGCAGAACUCGCUUGUGCGGGCCUCCCUAAACCCUACAAAUCAUAAUACCAAAAUUUACCCUAACUCUCCGUAUUUAAUUUAAUUUACUGUAGUUUGAAAGUGCCCUCCCGCGAAAUAAAUAGAGAUCAAUAGAAAACCCUAAAAUGCCAGAUCAAUAGAAAACCCUAAAAUGCCACCGUUGGAGUCUCUAGAGCAUGAAUUUCCGAUUAUUGAUAUUGGUUUCCGUCAGUUUUGUGCUUCUCAUAGUCUUUUCUCAGUUGAGGAUUUCCUUGUCCAUGAUAUCACUGUAUUAGUUCGAGUUGCCGAACACCAGUCUGAUUCUAACAAGUUGAAGCAGGGCAUUAGCCAAAUCCUCUCUAUUAUAGAUAGUCAGCAUCAGCCAUGGGUCAAUGGUGUGGAGUUGUUAAAAGAUGCUCGGCAGAAUAAGCAUGUUCUGUCUACGGGAUGUGAAGGGCUUGACUUAGUUCUUCAUGGUGGAUUGCGGAAGGGUCAGUUGACAGAACUUGUUGGUCCAUCAUGCUCGGGUAAAACACAAGUCUGCCUACAAGCUGCUUCAAAUGUGGCGUACAAGUACGUGAGUUCUGUUAUGUUUUUAGAUAUGAGUAACUCGUUUUCCGCCAAACGUGUUUCUUGCUUCAUCGAUCAUCUGUUGGGUCCAUCUCCUGCACAGGUCACACGUGAAAGCCUUGAAAGAUUAAUGAACAGCAUAUUAUGCCACUUUGUGUUUGACAUUUUUGGGCUGUUGGGCUUACUGCAUGAGCUAGAAUUGAAGUUGAAAUCUCAGGUAGGAACUGGAGAAGGCAAUGUACGAUUGCUGAUCAUUGAUUCAAUUUCAUCCCUCAUAACACCAAUACUUGGAGGCUGCGGUGCUCAGGGACAUUCUUUGAUGAUCUAUGCUGGGUAUCUCUUAAAGAAGUUAGCACACGAGUAUAAUAUUGCUGUGUUGAAAAAACUUCUGAAAAAGAGUGGCCUGGGAAUUGAAACAUAUUGCUAAGCCAAUUCCAAACCUGUACACUGAAUUCACAAAGCCACAGUGUGUGCUCCAUAAAAUCCUGCUCUGAUUUGCAGAUACCACAUCUAGAAGGCAUUUCAUAUCCCUGUUUUCUUUUCAUGUCAUCAUUCACAUAAACACCUUGCAGAAGCUUCCAAAUGUUGCUGGCAAUAGUUGGGUGCAAAGAUUUCCUCCAUAUAUAAGAAGACCAAUCAACCUUGUCUUCCUUGUGUCUUAUUUUCUCCACUGCCUUUGCAUUAUUAAACAUUCCACUACUAUGUAGGUUCCAUAUUAUGGAAUCACUUCCACUGUGAAUCUGAGGCAAAUUAUCAAUCUGUAACAAGUGCUGCAACUGAGGAUGUAUAUUCCAUUGGUUAUUACUGAUUAAGUUCUGAA